AUUGCAUGCAAAUUGCCGAUUUGGAGGGCAUGAAGAUGAAGAAGUGGGGUUUUCGACGCAGAGCGAGAUUGCUUUGUCUGCUGCCUAUAGGGAUAUACAUCUAUGUGUUCUCUACUGAUGUCAGAAACGGUCUGAAAGUACUGCAAAAUAUUAUGUGGAGGAGACCGACCGUAUUUAACAAUAUUCCAAGCACACAUCUUCGAGACAGUGAAGUCGAGAAUGUUAGAUAUGGCAAUCAAAAUGUCGUCUCUGUGGGUCGGUUGGGACCCCAGAAGCGACCUAAGAUUAGUGGUCCACGUUUUACAGGUCACGUCUUCGAAGAGAUAUCGGAAACACCAGAUGGGUUAGACGAACAGGACGCAGAUGACGAUGCGGCGCCUAAAACACUCACAGUUGACUUCGACACUUCAUUCAAUGACGAUUUAGUUGCCAAUGGUCCAUACAAUGCCGGCCCAAUAAGUGACAAGGCGUUUCCCAAUCGACCAAGGCGGAAUUUCCGCAAAGCUCUACCGCUUUGCUCGUGGAACAAGGCAGGCUUUAUGUACCCUGCUCAUACGGCAACGCGUAGUCUCUCCCAGCAGAGGCUAGCGCAGCUCUUCAACAGGCUCGACCUGAUAUACACUCCAAGAGAUGGCUCAUCCAUAGCUGCUGUGCGACAUGGUGGUGUUAUUCCGGGGGACUAUGAUAUGGAUAUUUUGAUUGACAUGUGGACGAAUGAGCACGUAUUUAGCCGGCUAGGGUGCUAUCACGACCGAUAUCCAAUGGAUAUGAAGAAUACCUGGGUAUGGCAUGGCUACCUUGAUCCGACCACGUGGUUCUGCAGGUGCAAUUGGUUUAAAGACUUGGGACCAAGGCAAUUACUAAGCGCAAAGGAGACAAAUGGAAAUAGAUUUUCAUACUUCCGAAACAAUACACAGUCUGGUGAUUGGGAGAUUUGUCGCUGCAAAGGAACGAACAAAUCGGCUUUACCACCGAUUCCCGAUGAUGUGCCUUUCAUACGAACCCUCACCUGUAACAUUAUGCAACGCUACAAGUUGUUGAAGAAACUGUUGAAAGAAACCAUCAAGAUGCACAGCUUGCCAAUGAAGAUUGUUGAUUCGGAGCCAGAGAACCCCCUUCGACACUUUGCGAUUCAUACGUUUGAGAAGAAUCUGCCGCUUAGCUGGCCCAAAAGUUUUGAACCCGAGCAGGGUGUCCAUGAUUCUUUGAUCAAGACAUACAAAGUGGACAUAAAGUUGAAUUGGUUGCGAGAUGUUGACCUAGAAGGGCUACAUCAGUACUGUAGGUGUAAGCUUGACCCUAACGUAGAAGGCACUUGCCUGAAGAAACUGCCAGAGAACUUGCAAAGGGACUACGGGGACACCUGGAAGAACCCUCUCUAUAGUUUUGAGCAAUUUUAUUACUCCAAUGGGACGUCGACCGAUUUCGACGUUAAAGGUGUAUGUCUUGGUGCGGAAACAAGGAAACUGUGGGGUGAAGGACACUGUUCCGGCUGGAAUUAGGACGUAUGCAUCAUGGUAUAUCACCCAAUAGUGAAGUUGAAUCCACGCCGCAAUUUUAGACCUCAACAGCAAAUUAGUAUUAUUAUAAUUAACGGCAGAUAAAGCCCUACUCAUAGCAUGUA